AUGGUGCCACCACCAGGGCCAUUGAAUCUCGACGUCGAGGCAAUAUCUGGAAUUUGCGGAUCCAUAUCCAUCGCCUGCUGGGUCGUCGUCUUCUCCCCCCAGAUCAUCGAGAACUUCCGCCGCUCCUCCGCCGACGGCCUCUCCCUCCAGUUCAUCAUCGUCUGGCUGCUCGGCGAUGUCUUCAACAUCCUCGGCGCCGUCCUGCAGGGCGUGCUGCCCACCAUGAUCAUCCUUGCCAUAUACUACACCAUCGCCGACAUCGUCCUGCUCGGACAGUGCUUCUACUACAGGGGCUUCACGUGGAAGGACGAGGUGGUCGCGCCCCCCGCCCAGCGAAAACGCACUCGCUCGCACGGGAACGGCCAGGCAGCCCAUGGGGCGGCGCCGGCGCACGAGGAGAACGGGAAUGGGCGCAACGGGCACACGCUGCCCGACGAGCGGACGAGCCUCCUGGACCGCGCCGACCUGCGCCCACGACGCGGCUCAGACUGGUCCGACAGGCUGAUCCACGUGAACCCCGUCGUGCCCAUCAUCGAGCCCUCGGCGCGCCCCCCGCCGCCGUCGACCACGCUGCAGCGCGUGGCCUGGAACACCGUCGCCGUCCUCAUGGUUAUUGCCGCCGGCGUGGCGGGCUGGUUCCUGAGCCGUGGCCACGGAGGAAGAGGGUCAUCGGACGGGCACGACAACAACAACAACAACAAUAACAACGAAGACCCUCAUGGUGAAAUCCAUUUUGAUCUCUGGGGCCAGAUCUUCGGCUGGCUCUGCGCGGUCCUGUACCUGGGCUCGCGCCUGCCGCAGCUGCUGCUCAACUACCGCAGGAAGAGCACCGAGGGCGUGAGCAUGCUCUUCUUCCUCUUCGCCUGCCUCGGAAACCUGACCUAUGUGCUGUCCAUCUUCGCCUUCGACCCCAAGUGCUGGGACGACAGCGUCCCCAACAACGGCUGCCGGCCCGGCGAGGACCCCGGUCGCGUGUACGGGCAGUAUAUCCUGGUCAACCUGUCGUGGCUGGCGGGGAGCCUGGGCACGCUGUUCCUAGACAUGGGCAUCUUUGUGCAGUUCUUCAUAUACAGUAGCGAGGACGGUGGCGAGUAUGAUGACGCCGACAGUGCGUUGGAGGAGGGGAGCAGGGAGGAUGACGAGUUGAGCAUCGAUGGAAAUCGCUGGGAUCAGAGGCCAGUCUUGGAGAGGAACCAGUCCGAAUGGUCCAACUAG